AUGAAGUUUGGGGAAUUAUUAAAUGAAGGGUUAGUUCCAGAGUGGAAGCCACUAUAUCUUGAUUACAAGUAUGGUAAGAAGUUAAUAAAACGACUUGAUGAUAUUAAGGAGGAUGCAGAUGAGUUAUUAAACAGUAUAAAGAAUGAUACAAAUGCAGGGAAGAAAAGUCCUAGAAAUGCCAAUGACCGUACGCCAUUGCUAGUUCCUUCCAAAGGACCAACGAAAUAUAACCAGGAUCGUACAGAAUUCCAAUUGGAUAGUUCUUCUGAAGACAGACCCAAUAGUGUGGAUAAUGAGGUAGAUGGGGAGAAUGUUCAAAAGAAUUCUAAACCAGAUGAUAAUAUGAGGUCGUCACUUUUCAAUUACUCGUUGCGGUCUAACAAAAAGGACAAUUUAGAAUUAGAGAAGCGUAAAUUCAAAGAAUGGCUCGAUUCUGAGUUAGAUAAAGUCAACUCAUUCUACAAAGAAAAAGAGGAAUAUAAUUUUGAAAAGUUUCUCUUAUUGCAAGAUCAGUUAUAUCAAUUGCGAGAACAUAAAGCCAUGGUAUUACGAGAAAGAUUACAGCAUCAAAAUAACAAACAUAAUCCUUCCGUCGAUGAUCCGGAUAAUAUGUAUAAUAACAUACAUGAUAUAGCAUACCAUACUAAAAGUGCAUUAACUGCGUUGGAUAGAUUUGAAUUUCCAUCUUUGCCAUCAACCGCGUUCUUAGACAAAUGGAAGAACAAGGAAGAAAAAGAUAUACAUAUGAAUGGUGGACAUGAUUUUGACGAUAUUAAUUACCAUGAGAAUAGGAUUAGGAAUGGUAUGUCCUCUUCCAAGGACGACGAGGAUACAGAUCUAACUUCACUUGACUCAGAUAUUAAUUCCGGCAACUCGCCUCAGGCAAAUACCACAAGCUAUUCAACUCAGGAGCCACAGACUUUAGCAAUGAGGAGAACAGCUAAAAGAAGAGAUUAUAGCGUCAAAAAGGAUCAUUUCAGGGUGCCAUACGUGUACGCUCGUAAACAAUUAAAGGAUGCAGUAAUUGAGCAUUAUGGUACAUUAUCAUUAUUGAAGUCUUUCAGAGAGUUGAAUAGAACUGCUUUUAGGAAAAUUACGAAAAAAUUUGACAAAACCAUACAUACAUCUAUUUCGGCGCCAUAUAUGGAGAAAAUCGAUAACGAGUCGUAUUUUCAAACGAGUGAUACACUUGAUCGGUUAAUAGGUCAAGUAGAAGAAUUAUACAUAAUAUUCUUCGAUAGCGCCACAACUGAUAGGAAGCGAUCCCUAGAAAAGUUGAAGAGCAUUUCGUAUGUAUUGAAUAGUAAAGUACAGAGGUCAUUUUAUGCUCCAUUCUUUUCAUCGGGAUUGUUCGUUGGCUUUGGUUUACCUUUAUUUAUUUUGGGACUAUAUGCUGGAUUACGACAAACAUUGAGUGGUGAUUUACCUGAAGGAAGGUUCUUAUUACAAAUCUGGGGAGGAUUCUUUUUGUUAAUAUUAGCGUUUCUACUUUUUGGACUAAAUUUAUAUGUUUUUGACUUAUUCAAGAUUAACUAUAAAUUUAUUUUCGAAUUUAAUUUGGUGUCCACAUUGAAUUACAAGCAAUUUUUAUUACUCCCAUCGUUUGGAUUUGCAUUUUUUUCGAUAUUAUUCUGGUUUAGUUUGAAUGACUUCUGGCCAGACAAAUUUCCCGGUAGGGAUUGGCCGUGGAUAUUCUUUGGAGUCAUGAUAGUCUUAUUUAUUUGGCCUGGUAAUCAUUUCUAUGCGUCAAGUAGGAAAUGGCUUCAAGUUGCACUUUGGAGAUUACUACUAUCAGGCUUCUAUCCUGUCGAAUUUAGAGAUUUCUUUUUAGGUGACAUUUUGUGUUCAUUAACUUAUACUAUGGGGAAUAUUUCAUUCUUCUUCUGCUUGUAUGCACAUAAGUGGAAUGGAUUAUUAACUGACGGUAGUACUAAAAAGCAUAACGUUUGUGGCUCGUCGAGGUCAAGAUCUAUGGGGUUCUUCAGCUCAUUACCAAGUAUUUGGCGUUUUCUCCAGUGCUUAAGACGUUACAUGGAUACGGGAGAUUGGUUUCCUCAUUUGGCAAACAUGUUGAAAUAUUCUUUUACAACCCUCUAUUAUUGUUUAUUAAGUGUUUAUCGUAUUGAUAAUCGUGAAAGAAAUAGGAUUCCAUUCAUAAUAUUUGCUGUUAUUAAUACGUUGUAUACAUCAUCAUGGGAUAUUGUGAUGGAUUGGUCCUUAUUACAGAGUGGAUCCAAGAAUAAGUUCUUAAGAGAUAAUUUAUUUUUUAAGAGACCAAUUUACUAUUAUUGUGCGAUGGUGAUUGAUGUUAUUUUAAGAUUCCAGUGGAUAUUUUAUGCGUUCUUUACUAGUCAAAUACAGCAACUGGCGGUCACUAGUUUCUGUGUUGCAUUGGCCGAAAUUUUAAGAAGAUUUAUUUGGAUAUUUUUCAGAAUGGAGAAUGAACAUUGUACUAAUGUUACCUUAUUUAGAGCCUCAAGAGACUCUCCGCUACCAUAUGCAAUUUCAAGCAGAGUAGAAAGAUCGAUUAGAAAACUUGUUGAGUUGAAAUAUAAUAACCUAGAUUCUGCUGAACCUAUGCAAGAGAACAUAAAUAUAGAGAGAGCACAUCAAGAUGAGGAUGAAGCUGAUAUUGGCCUCAGUCGUAUGCCAACAGCUAAGUCGAAGGUUUCACCACCAGGAGAACUUCACCGUAGAUCCACAGUGAAGUCUACUAUGGGUACGUUCACUGAUGCUUUAAAUAAGGCACAUAUCAAGGAUUUUCAAAGAAGAAAGACAGUUGUUGAUGUCGACGACGAAGAAAGUGAUGAUGAUGAAGAAGAAGAAGAAAGAGACGAAGAAGACAAUAUAACAUUUAAAUCUGAUGAAUUGCAAAAGUGA